AUGCAGCCCAUUUCAAAGGUUUUGCUAAAAAUUUGUUCUUGUUCUAAAAAUAAAUGGGAACAAUUAUUUUUCUUCUUUCGAAUUUCUGAUUGAUAUGAGAUAGAUCGCUUCGCGUUUCCCAGGGCUCUCGAAACCAUUCGCAAUAUCGAAUUAAAUCUGAAUCAGUUCGGGAAAGUCAGCCCACAUUCAUAUUCGACGUUGGCUUUGGUGGUGUCAAGGUGGGUCUCCUUUCUCUCUUUCAUUUUUUUCUGACUUCUCAUAAAAAUAGUUUGAGAUAUAUAGAAUUGCAGAAUGCUCCGUGUCUUCACUCUUCUCUUGUUGGCCACCACAAUCUUCGCCUAUCCCGUCUCCAAUGAUGAUUUUCUGGAGGAAGCUUACGGCGACUACUACUUCGCUCGACCCGACAACUUCCACUUCAUCGAGAAAUCCACCGAUUUGAAUGAGCGCAAAAAUGCCGGCCUAGUUCUUGGCCUCGGCCUCCCACUAGUCUUUGAAGCCUUCAAACAGAUAUUCUCUCACCUCGGCGGUCAUCACGCUUCUCCUCAUGGUCAUCUGUGA